GUGACCGCGCCGCUGCGCAGGGCCCUCCUCCGAGCCGCGGGAGACCGGGGGCGCGCGCGGCCGUGGCGAAAGUGCGGCUGCGGAAGCGCGGCGAGGCCGCCGGAGGAGGAAGCGCGGCGGGGCGGCGGCGGCGGCGGCGGGGCCUGCGGGGCGGCCGGGGCCAUGGGUCGCCUGCACUGCACGCAGGACGCGGUGCCCGAGGCCGUGGGCGGCGACAUGCAGCAGCUGAACCAGCUGGGCGCGCAGCAGUUCUCAGCCCUGACAGAAGUAAUUUUCCACUUCCUAAUCGAGCCCAAAGAGGUGGAAAGGUUUCUGGCUCAACUGUCUGAAUUUGCCACCACCAAUCAGAUCAGUCUGGGCCCUCUCAGAAGCAUCGUGAAAAGCCUCCUCCUGGUUCCCAAUGGUGCCUUGAAGAGGAGUCUCACAGCUGAGCAGGUCCGGGCGGAUUUCGUAACUCUGGGCCUCAGUGAGGAGAAAGCCACUUACUUUUCUGAAAAGUGGAAACAGAACGCCCCCACCCUUGCUCAGUGGGCCCUGGGGCAGACCCUGAUGAUUAACCAGCUUAUUGACAUGGAGUGGAAGUUUGGAGUGACAUCUGGAAGCAGUGAAUUAGAAAAAGUGGGCAGUAUUUUUUUACAAUUAAAGUUGGUGGUUAAAAAAGGAAAUCAAACUGAAAAUGUGUACCUAGAAUUAACCCUGCCCCAGUUCUACAGCUUCCUGCACGAGAUGGAGCGAGCCAGGACCAGCAUGGAGUGUUUGAGCUGAUUUCUGUCUGCCUUCCCUUCCCUGGUGACUGCUUUCAAGGCACCUUCCUCUGGCCCUGGGCUCUCCAGGUGGCCCUGCUGGCUCUUGGGAGUGCAGGUGCACAAAGGCUUCUGAAAAACAAUGGGAUUAAGUACUUACAGAGCCCAGCCCUGAGAGUCGCCCAGAACAGCACCACCACCCAUCUCCAGACAAGUUUUAGAUACCAACAGGCUACUGACUACACCUCAGAUUUGGGUGGGGGGCGGGGAGGCCUCAUCUCCCCACCAAAGUUCCACAGUAAAGAAAUGGUACCUGGG